AUGGAGGACCAGAAGUUGAGUUUGAGAGAGCAGCUCACAAAGAAAUGGUGUGGAGAGGUGGUCACGCUGGGAUCCCAGACAUGCUUUGAUAUGGCAUUUAUUAAGUGCCCAUUAGCCGUCGAUCGCGGGUUCCUUUCUUUGUUUGCUCAAACACAAACAAAUUUAUUCAAGGAAGCAAGUGGUGAUGACUUUCAAGAAACUCCACUACGUAGAAAAGAAAAGAACAUCCAUACUACCUUGAAAGCUGGUAAAGAAGAUACAACUGCUCCUAGCCCUUCAAACGUUGUUACCAUUGACAAGACACCUAUGCAUACAGUCAACAAAUGUACUAGUGUUGAAGCUGUAUUACAUACUCCUAUUCCUUCCACUAGCUGUACUUCUGCUCCCAUCAAGGCCUCUAAGAAAUAUCAAGACAAGGUUGAUAAGACUGAAACAGUCAAAAAGGAAAAAGAAAAGAACAAGACGACAGGAAAUGACAAGUUGUGUCCUAUGAAUAAGUCAAAAACGAAGCUUCCAAAGCUUAAAGGUACCGUCGAGAAAACUUCUGUAAUCAAGACAUCUUUGGCUAAUACCUGUAGAUAUCUCAAGCUUGUUACCUUAAUCCAAGAAGUAGUUGACCACAUUACUCAACUGGCAUACGCUGGUUUCAUCUUUGCUGAUCACUAUUUCUUGGAACUUCUCGAGAGCGGUGAAGAACUGCCUGUGGUUACUCAAAAUCUAUACUAUAAUAUAUUUUCUAUUUUUGCUGGCCAUGGAAAAUAUGUCUUUGAUAGUAUCAAGAAGAGCUUCAAGACCUUUUGUAAAUCUCUUUCUCUUAAUCAAUGUGGAUUAAAGCGAAGAGUACAUGCUGUGAAUUUUGUGGUGUGGAAUCACGAUGUGAACAGUGCAUUAAAUAUAUAUAAUAUCUUUGUUUACAAAUCAAAACAUGACAAUGAAAGUCCUCCCCCUUCAAAAGACUAA